AUAUAGGUACGCGAGUAAAGUAUUAUCGUUUAUUAUUUAGUCGCCGGCUACGCACACAUCAUAGACUACAUACGGACAUCGUUUCGAUCCAUUCAUAACAGCUUUAUCGUCCUGCCGGGUCCUUCGCAUCUAAAUAUUGUUAUACAUCGUUUGACAGUUCAAUACGUAUUUUAUGCAUGUGCCAUUUUGUGUAUAUUCUGCCAGUGUAAAUAAAAACAUAAAUUUUUAUAGUGCCUAUACCUCCUCUAUAUAAUACAAUGGCGACGAAAUUUGUAGUGUGUUUGUUUUUGACGUGUUACGUGAUCGUGAAAAAUGUUGAAUCGGCUAAGCUCCAAGCUCUACCGUUACCGUCGUACAUCGGUAAGGGCUGUCUGAGGGACGAUCCAAACUUAAACGAAUGCGUCGUGCGCAAAGGAGCUCCGGUAAUCGACCGUAUAGUCAAAGGUGAUCCUAAGUACCGGAUACCGAAGUUGGAUCCUUUGGUCAUACCAGAGUUGACGAUAACACAGGGCACCAAACAAGUGGGUCUAACAAUGACGUGCAAGAACUGCGAACUGCAUGGACUGAAAGAAACGAGAUUCGUCAAAGCCAGGGUGGAUGAGAAAAAAAGACACGUAGAAUGGGACUUUGAACUCGAUCAAUGUAUGUUUUUGGGACAAUAUUCUGUGGCAGGACAAGUCUUGAUAUUGCCGAUCAAAGGCGAUGGAGACGCCAAUAUCACAGUCAACGGGAUAACAUUCACGUAUUUGUAUGACUACAAUCUAGUCAAACGAGCGAAUGAAAAAGACUAUGUGGACAUCACCAAGAGUGAAUUAAAGUUCAAUGCAAAGGGAAUGAAAUUGAAAUUAGAUAAUUUAUUCAACGGCGACAAGCUCUUGGGAGAUAACAUGAACCUUUUUCUAAACGAGAACUGGCAAGAUUUACUUAAAGAAUUUGGACCUGCCAUCGGUGAUGCGUUCGGAACAAUUAUGAAAAACACGCUGGGAUCGGUUUCGGACCUAGUGCCGUACGAAUUUAUUUUCCCAACUAGUUAAUCUCUGUAAGUCUCCGCUAACCUACUAAUAUUUAUUGUUAUAAGUUUUAACUUAAAAACUCAAUAUAUAAUAUAAAGUAUAUAUAAUCAUACGUUAAAUUGAUGUGUAAUAAAUAAUAAUAAUAAUAUUUAAAUCAUAAUGGGAGUACUUAGGUUUAAUAAAUUAUCACUAUAAAUUAUAAAAUAAAUUUAUUUACAUGUUAUACUAAUUUUACUUUAAAUAUUUUAUAUUAUCUACGUAAUGUUUGUCAUGUAUUCACCACACAUGUGCUAUAGGUUAAAGCAACUGCAGUGGUAGGUACUAUUUAAAUUUGCCCUCAGAUAAUCACAGCUAUAAAAUAUAAUAUAAUAACGAUGUAUUAUUAUUAUUUAUUACUAUAAAAUUUUAAUAAUUAGACACCUAUAGUUGGUUUGGUAUCAACCUCUACAAGUUCCUCGCAUCAUUAUUUGUUUUUAAAUAUUCUUAUUAUUAUAAAUGUAUGUUAAUUUCAUGUUUAAGAUUUUUUUUUAUUGCUUAUACAGCUUGACAUAAUCAAAUUCGGAUUGUCUAAUAUAAAUACUUCUAGAAUAAGACUAUUAUAUAUUAUCUGUAAAAUCUUAUACAUAAAAUAUUUAUAUUAUAUAUCUAUUAAUUAGAAAUACUUAAUUAAUAUUAUCUGUAUAAUAUUGAUAGUUAUAAUACUUUAUUAAGUAUAAGUUAUAACUUAUAAGUGAUAAUAAAAAAAGUAUUAUUAUAGUAUUAUAACUUAUUAAUAAUAGUAAUUAUAAGUAAAUAUAUUUUGUUAAAUUGAAGCAAAUAUCUUCAUAUUCCAUUUUAUAUCUAGGUAUUUAUUACUUUCGAAAUUGUUGUUAUAGAUACGUAUUUUAGAUUCAUAGUUUGUAUUAUACUAUUUUUUUAAAUCCUAACCAUUUUACUUUUAUUUUUACCAUAAUAUAUAAGCUCCGUAAACAGUAUAUAUUUGAAUAAUUAAGCAUCUUACCUUUACACAUAUAAAACGUAUGAUAAAUAGUUGUCUUGUGGUGUUUUUUUUUAGUACACCACAAGUAGACAUGUUUUACAUUACAACUUACAAGAUUAAAUUUUUAAAAUAUUUCGCUUAUUUUAAUGCUAUUUAUAGGCAUUUGAAAUAUUUGUUUUUUUAUUUAUAUCAAUAAAAAAAUUGUGGCU